AUGCCCUGGCGCUGCCGCUGUUGCCCUUCGAAGCGCGACCCAGCGCAGGUGGCGCAGUUGGAAGGCGGGCUGUGGCGAGCAGACUUUAUUGGCGCAAACCCUGUGCUGCUUUCACAUCAUUGUCCUGAUACUGCAAACUCUGCGAGCAACAAGCAGGAGAAGCUUCAGCGACUCUGGAUAAAGGCGCCCAAGGUUGCCACCGCACGAGACUUGUUUGCAUGGUUCAGCCGUACAGUGGACGACAAGUUGCGACAAUUGGAAGAUGCUCGAGAAAGUGCUGAUGAGAGCAAGCUUCGCAAAGCUCUGGAGGAAGUACGCCAGGAUGCUGAGCCUGAAGUCAAGGAGCCCAACGCCCUCGUCGAGAGCCUUGUCCAGGCAGAGGUGGCCUUAAACACGAUCGUGGUGAAGCGUGCGAUGAAGAACCUGAACCAGGUUAUCCGGAGUGGCGAUGAGGCCGAGCUGCGGGAUGCUAUCAAGGCGGCCCGAGAGGCAGAGCUUCCUCCGCCCAAGCUCCGAGAGGCAGAGAAAGCUCUGACCGAAAUGGUUCAGGAGCGUGAGCUGAAGAUGCUUCGCAGCGCAACUGCUGGAGAGGAUGAGACCCAGCUACGCAAUGCCAUCAAAGAGGCACGCCUCGCAGAUCUCCCAUCGAAUGACGUCGACAAAGCGCAGGACGCUUUGAACGAGCUGAUUCUUGCUCGCGAGCGCAAAGCACUGAGCGAUGCCAUGGACAGCGCGGAUGAAAUCCAGCUACGGGAUGCCAUCAGCGACGCCAGCAAGGCCGACGUCCCCAUGCAGGAACUUGACGAAGCACGGAAGUUCUUGCAGAUGCUAACGCUGAGGAGGCGGGUGGACUUGUUGCAGAAGGCCAUCGACGACAGAGGCGAGGGCCAGCUGCGGGAGGCCGUGGCGGCAGCCCGGAAGGCGGUUUUGCCGGAUGACGUCGAGGAAGUUGCCAGGGUCAAUGCCAUCCUCGGACAGGCCCAGGCCACUCUGAAAGAUAUCUUCUUGGAAAAGGAGCUCAAGCAGCUGCAGGAUGCAAUCUCAAGCGGCGAUGAGGACCAGCUGCGAGAGGCCUUGAGCCAAGCCAGGGCGCUGGACCUGCCUGAGGACGAGUGCUCGCGUGCUCAAGAGGAGCUGAACACCCUUGUGCUGGCACGCAAGUUGAAGCGCUUGCGAAAUGCCGCAGGCAGCAAUGAUGAGGACCAGCUCAGGGCCGCGAUCACGGAGGCUCGCAAGGAUGGGCUGCCAGCAGACGAGCUCGAGCUGGCCAACGACGCGCUCUCCGCGCUGGUACUGCAGCGCGACCUGACAGAGCUACGCGAGGCGGCAGCGAGCGAGGAUGAGGAGCUCCUCCGCGAGGCGAUCGUGGAGGCCAAGCAAUUGGAGCUUCCUAGUGAGGAGGUUGACAAGGCCCAGACCGCUCUCACUGCGCUUGUGCAACGUCGCUCAGAGCGACAGCUGGAGCUAGCAAUGGAUUCUGACGAGUCCGAGCUCAAGGGUGCAAUCGCGGAGGCGCGCAAGGUCGGCUUGUCAGAGCAGGUCAUCGACAAGGCAAAGGAGACAUUGAGACAGAAGGCCCAGGCUAGGAUCUCGAAGUACCUUCAAGAUGCCGCGGAGCUUCAAGAAGAGGACCAGCUUCGGGACGCCAUCGCCGAGGCUCGCAAGGCCGACUUGCCCGCGGAGGAGGUGGAAGCAGCGCAGGCAGUCCUGACGCGCCUGAUCCUGGAUCGCCAAGUGGCGAAUUUGCGCCUGGCCACUCAGGGCAACGAAGCCGAGCUACGGGAGGCCAUUCGCGAAGCGCGCCGUCAGGAAGUGCCAGCUAUGGAAAUCGACAGCGCCCAGGACGCUUUGGCCUCCAUGAUCGUGUCCAAGAAGCUGGCCUGGCUAAGGAAUGCCUCCAACACAAGGGACGAGUCAGAGCUUCGGAACGUCCUCUCCGAGCUGCGCAAGAUGGAACUGCCGUCCGACGAAGUCUUGCGUAUGGAGAUUCAAGAGCAAGUCGCAGAGGGCCAGGCCACACUAAGCCAGAUCGUCCUGGAGCGCGAGUUGGAGCAGGUGGAAGAAGCCAUGAGCAGUGGAAACGAGACCCAGCUCAGGAAGGCUAUCGAGCAGGCACGAGAAGCCAACGUUUUGCCCCAGGAUCUGGAGAAGGCGAUUGAAACGCUCAGUCAGCUGACCUCAGAGCGUUUGCGGCGUAAACUGCAAACCAUGGUGGACAGCGAGGAUGAGGCUGAGGUUCGGGAGGUCCUCAAGGAGGCGCGCGCCGCACAGAUCGGUGGUGAGGAGCUGGAGAAGGUCCGAAAUAAACUCACUGACCUCGUGCUGGUGCGGGAGCUCACGGAGGCUUACACACGGGCCUCGCUGCGCACCGCCAUCGAAGAAGCCGAGCUUCGGCAACUAAAACACCCAGCGCUCGAGGUUGCCAGGGGCAAAGUCUCCGCCAUCGAUCGCUUGCGAGAGGCCGAACAGUCCAGAAACCCGCAAGUCAUCGAAGAAGCCCUGGCGCAAGCAAAGAGCCUUCGAGUCGAUCCGGAUGUCAUCAGCAGUGCUGAGGGUGUCCUGGAGAGGGAAGUGGGGAUACAGCGAUUCGGGCUGAAGCACGACAGGGUCAUUCAAGAAAGAGGCGGGCAGGCAUUGCCGAUUCCGGUUCAAGAACGCUUCCGCAGCACUGACAUCUUUUUGGUACUGCUCCGAGUGGUGUCCAGCAGGACUUUGCAUCAAGUGGCGAGGCCAGUUGCCGUGUGCACAGCGUGGGCCGCCUGCUGCGCGGCAAUCUCCAAGUGUCAUCAUGCACUUCCAGAAUCUGCUUGGAGGCUCAACCAGUUUCUGGUCACCCCGCUUGGUUUGCUCCUUACGUUCCGCACACAGCAGUCCAUUGCAAGAUUCAACGAAGCCGUUACGAACUGGGGCAAAAUCUCCAGCGUCUGCAGAAGCCUAUCGCGUGCAUUGUUCUACCAUGACGCACGCGUCCCUCGAGAGACGCACUACGAGCUUGCGCAGCACAUCUGCCUGUUCCCAGAAGUGUUGCGGGAACACCUGGAGAACAGACGCACAAAGCUCCUCAACAUUAGGCGCGACGACGUCAGCAAGCCAAUGGCGCUGCUUGAUCGUGUGCAUUCUCGCGUCUCCAGCCUGCGUCUCCUGGAGUUGUCGGAGAGGAAUGUGCUUCUGAAAUAUGUGGAGCAGCUCUCGGACCUUGUCAGCCCCUGCGAGAGCGUCGUACAAACACCAGUGCCGCAAAGCUACGUCCGGCAUACUGGGCGCUUUUUGGCGGUUUGGUUGCUGACGUUACCAUUGGCCCUCGCUCCAGAGACCGGCUGGCUGACGGUGCUGAUUGAGCUAAUUGCUUCCUGGGGCCUUCUUGGAAUACAGGAGAUUGGCCUACGGUUGGAGGAUCCGUUCAAUGGCCAAGUCACCAUGGAGGUGUUCAUAGCAACUAUGGCCAAAGAGGUGCGGCAGAGAUACGUCUUGGUAGUAGAAGACCUACUCCAAGCUCAUGCAGAAAACCAGCUUGAAGAUAUGUCCCGAUGCUGGUCUCAUCGAUUUGACGCGCGAUUUAUGCAAAUCUUGCGCGAGGAACAACGUCUAGCCGUAGAAGAGAGCCGGCGAGCAUCGCUAGCGGCUGUAUUGGAUUCUGUCAAAGAAUGGCGUCCCUCGACACAGGCGUCUUGGCCGUUUGGCUGCUCCACCGCAACAGGGCGCUUUGAGACCCCGGAGUCUACGCCAGGGCCUGGCGACUACGAGUCCAAGCCGGGCUCCAUAUCAACGAAGCAGAUGUUGGCCGUGAAAGACCAUGGAAAGAUAUGCUGCAGACAGCACCAAGACAAUGAGGUUGAAGUCGUCGUUGAGGAAGAGCCGGAGCUCCCCUCAGCCAAGGCGACCGGUGCCGACCCUGCUCCAUGGGUUGCCCUGGACGAAGAGGAGGAGUCUGUCGGAGAAGAGGAGUGGCAGCUUGAGGUCGACAACGGCGAGGUAGAGAUCGCAGUUGAUGAUGCGGAUCUAUUUCUGGAUGAUGCAAUGCCAGAGCUACAAGAAGAGUUCGAGGAACUCAAAGAUCUGGCAGAGGCGGAGACAGGAACUUUGGGCAGUGAAGGCGAUGACCCAAAGCAGGGCGAAAGCGACGAAGAGAUCGUGCCCGGAAGGGAAGAUGACAUGAAGCUGUCAGAUGUUCCGGAAGACAUGCGGGAAGCUGUCCAAGGCAGUUUGAGCUUGAAACGCGUCCUGGCAGAGAAGUACGGGAGCCUCGAGUCCGAGCCUGCCGCGAAGAGGCGCCGGGAGGAGCCGCCUUUGGAAGGCGUUCGCCAACGGCUGCUGGACCGCUGGAAGCUUAGCUGGGACCCGGCAGUGAGGUACGUGCUGCAGACUGCUGAGCUGGCAGACGUCGAGGGAUUGGCAAAGACCACCUGGAAGCCGUUGGCGAAUCCUCCGCGAAACAACGGUCGUGAUCCAAAGUCCAAUGCCGAGCAAGUGAACGAGAAGCUCCUCUUCGUAAGAGAGGAGAAGCUGUGCUCCAAAGAGACGGUGAACGUACUGCAAGCCUGGACCGGGAGGUGGAAUCUGCGCGACAAUGACACGCAGCGCCUUCGUUCAGCCAAUCACAAAAACCUAAGAUAUGUGAUGAAGGAGUAUGAUGGAAAGCGGCCCAUCCCAGAACUACUAGAUGAGGCAGCGGCUCAGGUCAUCUCAGAGGACAGCGAGCAGACAGAGGAUGCAAUGCCCGAGUCUCCCGGCCUCUUCACCCUGAGCAGGUUUAAUCGCCUGGAGCUGAUCGACUCCAUGGCAGAUGCUCUGGUCCUGGGCGAUGCCAAUUUGACCUUCUCGGCGCUGCUUGCUGAGCACCGAGAAGGGCUGGGGCACGUGGGGCGCGUGGUUGCGACAACCUUCGAGACGAUCGAAAUCCUCCGAGAGCGCUAUGCUGAGAUUGAUCAGACGGUUAAAUCCUUGGAAGACAAAAUGUCCGAAGUGCUCCACAAUGUUGACGCCACCAGGCUUGCAGUGGAUCCGCGCUUCAAGGGCAUGGAGAAGAAGUUUGGCGCCGUGUACUACAACUUCCCGCACGCAGGUGCAAUUCAAGGUUUCUUUGAUGGCCAUCCAUUUGUUCGCUGGCGACAUGAAAACUUGAUGCACUUGUUCUUCAGGGCCUUGCGCUGCUUCGUCAAGAAGGGUGGCGUUGUGAAGGUAGCUUCAAACUGCAACGCCACUGGCGUGCGCUACUCCGACAUCAUCCUCGGGGCGCAGCAGAGUGAGUUUGCCCAUGUGGAAACCUUUCCCUUCCUGGAAUGGCAGCUCCGAAACUAUCGGCGCUCUUAUGGCGACCGCCGCGACAAAGGUCGCCGGCCGGAAGACGGCAAGAACUACCGGGCUCAACGGGCUGAGAGGGACAUGGUCUACUGCUUCCGCUACGAGCCUUCCGGAGAAAAUCCGCAGAAGCCGACUGUGCGAGAGCCGCCAUCCAAAGCGCAGCUGAUGGAUGCGAGAGAGGGCCGGCUGCAGAAGAUGUACGGAAAAGAGCGGGAAAGGCGAGUCCAGGAGAUCGGUGAGCUCUUCAAAGCUUAUGCGGCAGGAGUUCAUGUGGGUUGA